AUGCGAUUACGUCGAAUUAUUAAAGAAAACCACGGCACCGACGUCAAUCAACUUGCAUUCUUCUUUAACAAUAAGAACUUUUCUGCCCCUGUGGGUAUCGACGUGACAAAGACGUUUGACAAACGAGGAUCAGUUCAGCGUGAACAAACCGACACGAGUAAUGUCUUGGCUACAAUAGGCGGAUGCCAGUUGAACGUUUACGAUAACGAGCACUGUGGUGAUCACUUGGAUAUUAUGUCAAACUUUGACUUGUCUGUGCUUCAAAACAAAGAAGAAGAUCCAGUACGACGCGAUCUACACACGUUUUGCUGGCUUUAUCGAGAAAAUGACGCAUGGCUUGCAUUGGCUGGUACCGAUGGAUUGAUACACAUUGUCAGCCUGGCGAAUUCAAAAGAAAUUGCCAUCCUACAUGGUCAUACCAAAACGAUUCAUGAUUUACAAACACAUCCUUCCAGCGACAACUACAUCUUGUCAACAUCCAAAGACGGUACAGCUCGAUUAUGGGACGUUGAUGCUAAGCGGUGCCUGGCCAUCUUUGAAGCUGAUGCAACGGUCACUUGCUUUGAUCAAACGGGUGAAAAGUUUAUAUCCGGUAGCGCACGUGGCGAGCUUCGGGAAUGGAUUAUUCCAAAGGAUGUUCCCGAAAACGAGACACUGACAAUCACAAAGAAAGACUCACGUCUGUUUAAAAAGUAUCACGGUGAUAACUAUAUCGGUAUGUCUACGUUCAUGUAUGUUAUAUUAAUAUGUACAUGUCCACGUUAA